UACGACAUCGUCAACAUCACCUGGGCCCUGGAGGCCGAGCCCUACAUCCCCAAGCACAACUACAUCGGUACCAUUCAGGAGGUUGUUGGUCACAUCAAUGACAACUACCCCAACUACACCUGGCCCGACGUUGAUCUUACCUACCUCUCUGGCAACACCAUGGACACCUCUGUCGCGGAGCUCUCCGAGCCCUCCGAGCGUGGUAUCGUUCACUGCUGGCGCUUCAACAUGACCACCACCUCGGCCGCCUGGGAGGGUAUCGCCUACCUCAACAGCAUCCCUGGCAAGCCCUCCAACGGCCCUGGACCCGGUGCUUGCGGCCGAGUCUCUUGUGCUGACGACGCUGGCAUCUGGUGGUGCAAUGACGUGAGUAACAAGCCAGCACUGAGACUCUCCUCCUGUCUUCUGCAGCACCUAAAAUCUCGAGCCGAGCUAAUAUCUGCCCUAUUCUCUAUCUCUAGAACCCCGACACCACCAUGA